AUAGGCAAGAUAGGUUUCGUCGCGUUGCAAAUUCCAGCUGUGCUAACAUGGAAAAUUCGUCGUUCCUCUGGAUGUGUAACAUGUAACAUGGUUGUAUUAUAUUCGCUUAAAAAUGCUAUUUUUUUUUUUUCAAAACAUGCGCUUUACAUUUUUUUUUAUUCGAACUUUUCAGCGAGCGGAAUAGGAAACAACUCUGACGAAAUUACAAAACGGUCUGCGAGCUGUACUAAAACUAAGAGAAGAAAAGAAGGAAUCCAUACGUACCCAACAAUUCGAUGGCAGAUUUUGAUAUUUUAUAAAAGGUUAGGAUGUUCUUUCUGCCUGCUUUCAGUCGGAGUUCAGACCUUCCGGGUCGCCUACUGUUCACUUCUGGGUGCUGCAGGCGAACAGCGUAUAUCAUGAGAGUGUUCUGUAAAUAUCAAGCGAAAUACUAAAAAUAAUACAAGCUAGACAGUUGGAAAUGUGAAGCUGUAGGUUACAGGCAACACCAAAUGCACAAAAUCAGACUGUUGUCAGACAUAUCAAUGUAGUCGUUUUGGUGUUAGUCGGGUACCGCUGCAGUGACUGUGCAGGCGUAAAAAACAAUGCAUAAAGGCAAUAAAUGUUUCGCCUAUUGCUCAUGGCAUCAGUGCACCACCUUUUCACAGCAUUCAUCUGAAAAUGUGGCAUGUUUCUUAAAUACUUUGGUACAGAUGGCAUUCCUCGGUACUCCUGUGUUCUGUGGGUAGACUAGCCAACUUCGCUUUCAUCGCGUACUAUUUGAUGGCACAUUACAAAAUAAGAGGUCGAUGUACAAUUUUUUAGCUAUUUGGGCUACUGUUGUUGAUUCACAAAUGGUUGUUGUCAAGUAAGAUAGAACCUUGUGUGUAUGGUCUCUCAUCAGUUAGUCUACAAUAGACCUGUUAGAGUUUGGACUGGAUAGUUAUAAUUUGUUCAAACACUUCAUUAGAACUACACAGGCUAAUCAAUCCAUUAGCACUCAAAACCACAUCUGGCCAGAACGGUCUGUGGUUCUGCGCUUCUCUGAGUGUGCCGCUAGAGGGCGGUCAUUGAAAGAGGAAACAUACUUUACACGUUGUUUCUCUUAAAGGGGCUUGCAGUGGAUUGCAUUUUGGUGUGAAAAUAUGAAAAUGCGUCUAGACCCCGUCUACAGUUUUUUUUAUGUUCAGCUAGGCAAGUCACAACAGCUGUCCUUGCUGUUCCUGUGAAGAUCAGGCAUAUUACCAGAAAAGCCAUGAAUAUACAGGAGUCAGGUGGUGAUGUGGCACUGGUGAUUAAUUGGCCACAGAACUGUAAUCUCUUCUUACUUUUAUUCAGUAUUUCAGUAUUUGUUCCUCUUUUCUUUUAGGCACAUGGACUAUAUCCCACUGGUGCCUUUUCAUAGGCUGUCAGUUAAUCUGAGGAUGUUGGUUUGACUUGACAUUUCUUUUCCAAACUUAAAAAAAACGGCAGAAAGAUUAGGCAGAAUGUUGCCUAUUACAUAAUUUCAACCAGUAUGUAUUGUGAUUUUUUUGUACAGCAAUGAGAAAGACCGCAGAGAAACUGAAAAAGCUCACUAUGUGGGCUGAUUCUUUUAUAAAACAAUUCUAUGGAUAUAUUUUUGUAAAAUAAAAAAUUCUAAAAGAUCUUCUGUGCAGUUUACUAUGAAAUUAGGGUAAAUUUGUUGCUGGUUUCGGGCCUUUUGAGGACAGUUUUACAACUUUCCCUUGGUAUGACAUCUCUGCCUCCUUUGGCAGGCAUAGAGAGAGGGACUAAAGGGUGAGUAAAACACAUGGUACUUGGCUAGUGAGUGAGUGACACUGGUACAAAGGAAGGGAGAGACAGAGAGAGAGAAAGAAAAGGAGAUAGACCUGUUGGGAUAAUGCAGACAUGAGGAUGGCCUCUCCAUGGAGAAAAAGCUGUUGGACCGGUUUGUGUGUGUGUGUGAUCUCUCAGCAAACACAGCAGGCACACCCUCCUGUCAGGCACGUGCUGACACACACACACACACACACGCAGGUGAGGUGAGAGUGUUUGGUUUGGACACGUCUCCCGAGUGGGAGGUUUUUGGGGGUGCUGGGGGAGGUGAGAUAAGGACUCAGAGGCAUUGAGCUAGAGCACCUAAAAGCAGAGCGCGCGCGUGGGACCUCAGGUGUAGUGAUGGCAGGACUGCUGGAGGCUGUCCUCACCAUGUGUGUGUGUAAAGUGGGCUUUAGCAUCCUCUGCCUCCCCAUGGUCCGUGGACCCCUCAGCUCCGUCGGGCUGUGCUGCGGCUGUCUCCUGCUCUUCACCGACCUCGCUAUCACGGUGUUCCUGGCUUUCCUUUGGCUGUCUGGCUCCUGGCUAGUGCCUUUUACCGUCUCCACCGACAGCAUCGCCCAUCGCUUCCUCCUCUUCCUCACUCACACCUACGGGGGUGUGAUGCUGCUCAUCAUCCCUCUGGUUGCCGUGGAGAUGGCAUUCCAUCUCCACUGGCCCCAGCUCAGAGGGAUGGAGGGAGAGUGUGGAGGGAAGGGUUUCCAGACGAAGGGAGAAGAGGGCAGUGCCAGGGCCGAGCCUAAGAGAGCGGAGCGGCAGAACCGGACCGCUUCCUCUGCGGGCGCUCUGGCCCACGUCGCCUGUGUCCUGAGCUGCCUGUUGGCGUGGUGCAUCUCUGGGCUCCGUGCUGAACGCCACUGGGACCUGGGCGUUGAGCUCUGCCUGGAGGGAGACACCGGCGGCAGUGGUGGUUCCCUCUGGCGUUGUCUCCCCAGCCUGCUCUCUGCCGCCUGGCCAGACUUCAGCGAGCCCUACUGGGGACUCCCUGCUGCCGCCGUCCUUCUGGGGCUCUGCGGGAGCCUGCGUCUCAUCAGUCUCAGGCCCACCGGUGACCACGUUUGCCCAGAGAAGGCUGAACGUUCAUCGGAGGGGAAGGAGAGAAAGCGGUCAAGCACGGAGCUUGGCCGAGUGCAAACGCGAGCGACCGAUGUGCGCCCAGAGAGCGCAAAACUUUCUUCGGAGAAGGAGAGGGAGAGGGAGCACAGCUCGGACGUGGAUAACCGAGGUAAAAUGCAAACAAGACCUGUGCUCUGUGCACUCGCUAAUCCCACAGGUGGCGUCUCGACACAAACCCUUACUGUUGACACGGGAACAACAUCCGGCAGGUGCUGUGUUCUCAGUACAGUCGCGCCUCAAGGCAGCGAGCAACCCCGACCACCCCCUCCUCAUGGGAAGAACUGCCCUUCAUCUCAGCGCUUUGCGCUGCCUGGCAGGUGCGGGCCCCCGACCGAAACCGAGACGGUGGCUAGGCAAAUCCAGAACAAACAAUCUCUAGUGCUUGCACAGCCACUGCGACAAAACAUGCCGGAGAUGUGCUUUGCGUGUACAACAACACAGUCAGAGAGCAGCGGGAGCCAGACAGACCCACAGCAGCUGUGUUACCAGCCCUGCCGCCAGAGCUGGGAUUUUCCAGGGGGAUCCCCCAGCCCGAGGGGCCUGCUGAUAGUGGGCCUUGUGUGGGGGGUCUUUAUCUGCCUCUUCCCUGUGCCUCUGGGCUUCAGCGUCCUGCUCAUCCGCCACACAGAGACCCUGGUUUUGUUUGGGCUGAAAGUCCUCACACAGUCACCGUCACACAACAAACACACAGAGUCAACGUGACGAAUAGAUAAAGGACAGAGUGUACGGGGUCAUGAGUGUGUGUGUGUGUGUGUGUGUGUGUGUGUGUGUGUGUUGAUGUCAGAGAGUAGUGUGUAUGUGCUUGUGCAUUUAUAUAAAA